AGUUUGGUGCCCAAGCUCGGCAUCGUGCCAGCAUGGAGCACCAGCAGGCGGACACUUGUCUUGACAAAGUCCGGCAAGCAGUGGACGCAAUCCAAAGAGAGAUCAGAUCCACUGUCCCAUCGAGGUUGCUGAGCAUGCAGCAAAGUGAAUGGGAUAUGGCGCAUGUCAAGCAUUUGAAAGGUGUGGUCCUUGAGGCAACGCAGCAACUAGGGUCAGCCCUCCCCAACAUCUACAUUAUCAGGUUUGAAAAAUUCAAGAACCCUCAUACACCAGACGUAGAAAGCUAUGCAUCUAAGCAUUUCUCUGAGUGGAACAAGGACGUGUUCUUCAGAAGGCAUCUCUCGUGCAGCGGUAAAGGUGCAGAAGGCCAAUACGAGUUUCAGGCCAUCGAAGAGUACGUCAAAAACAAAAACGCUGCUGCAGCAGCAAAAUCCAAAGAUGGGCAAAAGCCUUACAAGGUCCAAGACAUGUGCCUGCAGCGGUCGAAGUGCUAUGGGUCAUUGUACUUAAAGACCUGCUGCUGGAUCAUGCCGGGCGUGGAUGUGAAGUACAAGAAGUUCGUUGAGGCAGUUGUGUGGUUGAAAAGUCCAGCUGAAGGACAGUUUAAGCAGCUGGGCUAUGACUGUAUCAUCACUUCACAGCUCUUGGAGGCGCUGGCAGCCAGCGACUCAGAGUUCAAGAAGCUUGAGCUUAGCCGUUGCAAGCCCAAGGUCCAGAAAUUGUUUCCGCCGUACCCGCAGACUCUGCCGGGACAGAGGUUAGGGCCCCCACAGUCAGGUUAUCGGGAUGAAUGGCUUGAUCAUUGGCAACACCUAGCCUUUCAGGCCAGGCAGCAGGCGGAGUAUGCCCGGCUGGCGGCGGCCUCCGCUUGUUCUGUGGCCGAGCAACUGGCGGGGGAGCUGCGUAGCCAAGCGUCGCAGAUCCACCAGCAGGACCGGCAGUGGGCCGACCCCUGGUUUGCCGGCUGGAACGCCGGCUGGGCGGAAGGCUGGAACGCCGCCCAGCAAGCUCUGGCAGCCCAGGCAGCCCUGGCGGCGCAGGCGGCCCAGGAAGCCCAGGAAGCGCAGGAAGCGCAGGAAGCGCAGGAAGCGCAGGGCCCUUGGGACUGCGAGCUUUGGCUGGACAGCCCAGAGGCACAGGCCCCACAGGCAGAACAGGCAGAGCAGGCAGAGCAGGCAGAGCAGGCAGAGCAGGCAGAGCAGGCGGAGGCCAGGACCGUCAAACUGAUCUUUGAAUUGGAUGGACAUCCGGCAGUGGAAGUGGAAUGCGUGGCAUCUUGGCCGGAGAUCGAGCAGCAGGUGAAACAAUUCGCUCCUGGCAAGCACUUCGAGGACUUGAUGCUGACAGCGCGUGACAUGACGAGUCCCUUGAAUGAGAUGAGUUGGGACGCCGUGGAGGGCGAAGCCAAGCUAGUGGUGCAGGGAUAGGGCUCACUGCAGAGCAUAUGGAAACCCGGACUUCAUAGUUUCGUCGCGUUUUCCAGUAUGGCCAUGGGUCAAAACCAAUGGUACCAUUUUGGGAUAGG